GAGGCGUGCCCGCCCGGGCGCCCGAGGGCGGCGGAGGUGCAGCCGCAGCCAUGGUGAUCAUGUCGGAGUUCGGCGCGGCGCCCGCGGGCCAGCAGAAGCCCCUCCGGGUGGGCUUCUACGACGUGGAGCGGACGCUGGGCAAAGGCAACUUCGCGGUGGUGAAGCUGGCGCGGCACCGGGUCACCAAGACGCAGGUUGCCAUAAAAAUAAUCGAUAAAACACGAUUAGAUUCAAGCAAUUUGGAGAAAAUAUAUCGUGAGGUUCAGCUCAUGAAGCUUCUGAAUCACCCUCAUAUUAUAAAGCUUUACCAGGUUAUGGAAACAAAGGACAUGCUUUACAUUGUCACUGAAUUUGCAAAAAAUGGAGAAAUGUUUGACUAUCUGACGUCCAACGGGCACCUGAGCGAGAACGAAGCGCGGAAGAAGUUCUGGCAGAUUCUGUCGGCCGUGGAGUACUGCCACAGCCACCAUGUCGUGCACCGGGACCUCAAGACCGAGAACCUUCUGCUGGACGGCAACAUGGACAUCAAGUUGGCAGACUUUGGAUUUGGGAAUUUCUACAAGCCAGGAGAGCCUCUCUCCACGUGGUGUGGGAGCCCCCCGUACGCAGCCCCAGAGGUCUUCGAGGGGAAGGAGUACGAAGGCCCCCAGCUGGACAUCUGGAGCCUCGGCGUCGUGCUGUACGUCCUCGUCUGCGGGUCCCUCCCCUUUGACGGGCCCAACCUGCCGACUCUGAGACAGCGGGUGCUGGAGGGCCGGUUCCGCAUCCCCUUCUUCAUGUCCCAAGACUGCGAGAGCCUGAUCCGCCGCAUGCUGGUGGUGGACCCCGCCAAGCGCAUCACCCUGGCGCAGAUCCGGCAGCACAGGUGGAUGCAGGCCGCCCCCAGCCUGCUGCGGCAGCCCCCGCUCGCCUGCCCUGCGCACGGCUGCAGCGCCAGCCCCGGCGACCCCGACGAGCGGGUGCUGGGCAUCAUGCAGACUCUCGGCAUCGACCGGCAGCGGACCGUGGAGUCCCUGCAGAGCCGCAGCUACAACCACUUUGCCGCCAUCUAUUACCUGCUCCUCGAGCGGCUCCAGGAGCACCGGAACACCCCGUGCGCCCGCCCCGGGCCCGCCCGGCCACACCGGCCCAGGAGCUCCGACCUCAGCGGUUUCGAGGUGCCUCAGGAAGGCCUGCCUGCCGACCCCUUCCGCUCUGUCCUGCUGUGCCCGCAGCCCCCCGCCUUGGCGCAGUCCGUCCUGCAGGCUGAGAUGGACUGCGACCUCCACAGCUCGCUCCAGCCCUUGUUCUUCCCGUUGGACGCCAACUGCAACGCGGUGUUCCGGCACCGCCCGGUCUCCCCCAGCAGCCUGCUGGACACGGCCAUCAGCGAGGAGGCCCGGCCGGGCCCGGGGCUGGAGGAGGAGCGGGAGGCCCAGGAGGCCCUGCCCAGCAGCACGGGCCGGCGGCACACCCUGGCCGAGGUCUCCACCCGCUUCUCCCCCCUCACCCCUCCGUGCAUCGUCGUCUCCCCGUCAGCCGUGGCAAGCCCUGCGGAAGGAGCCAGCUCCGACAGCUGUCUGACCUUCUCCGCCAGCGAUGGCCCUGCGGCGCUCAGUGGUGGCCUGGCCUCUCAGGGGCUGUUGGGCACCUGCUCCCCGGUCAGACUGGCCUCACCGUUCCUGGGCUCGCAGUCCGCCACCCCUGUGCUGCAGGCUCAGGGCGACCUGGGAGGAGCCGCCCUGCUCCCUGUCAGCUUCCAGGAGGGCCGCAGGGCGUCGGACACUUCGCUGACCCAGGGGCUCAAAGCCUUCCGGCAGCAGCUGAGGAAGACCACGAGGACCAAGGGGUUUCUGGGGCUGAACAAGAUCAAGGGCUUGGCUCGCCAGGUGUGCCAGUCCCCCUCCAGCCGGGCUGCCAGGGGAGGCCUGAGCCCCUUCCACACCCCUGCUCAGAGCCCGGGCCUGCACGGCGGCGCGGCUAGCGGCCGGGAGGGCCGGAGCCUGCUGGAAGAGGUGCUGCAGCAGCAGAGGCUGCUCCAGUUACAGCACCACCCGGCCACCCCGCCCCCCUGCCAGCAGGCCCCCCAGGCCUACGCGCUCGGCCCCUGCGACGGCCCCGGGGCCGCCCCGCUCCCCAGCGCCCUCCUUGCCGCGGGGCUCCCGCUGCUGCCGGCCCCCCUCCUGCAGGCCAGUGUCUCCCCAGUGGCCUCGGCGGCGCGGCUGCUGGACGCCCAUCUGCACAUCAGUGCUGGCCCGGUCGCCCUCCCGGCCGCGCCCCCGCUGCCGCGCCUGGCCGUGCUGGCCCCGGGCUGCGACCCCACGGGGCUGCCGCGGGGGGACUGCGAGAUGGAGGACCUGACGGCCGGCCAGCGGGGGACGUUCGUCCUGGUGCAGUGAGGCCCUCUCGGCCGCGCGCUCGGCCGGCUCUUCCAAGCAAUAACUUCAGAGUGUGAGGACGUUGUCGGACUUAAAGCCAAGAACUUUCUAGAAGCAAAACAAGCAAUACGUUAGGUGUUUUGGCUUUUCGGUUUAUUUUUUGUUUUGUUUUUUCCUUGCACUGAGUGACCUCAACUAUGCGUAGGGACUGGAAACUUUCUGAAGAAAAAUAAUAAUCUGGGGCGAGUCGUGUGGCGGGUGGAUGGGAGGGAGAAGCGGGACGGCCGGUGGUGUCCGGCCAGCGCCGCGUGCAGGUCGGGCGGGGGCAGGAGGGGCCUCAGCUCCUCGUCCACGGCGUCCUCGUGGCCUGAGAUGUUACCUCGGGCGGGUGUGGCGAGGCGAGUGGCCGCGAGCGUGUGCGGAUUGCUGCCCCGUGUAGGUAGCGUUCUCCACUUCCUGAAACAGUUGUGCUUUAACGAAAACUGUGAACUUUCUGCUUUUAUGUAUCAGUUUUAAAACGGCUCUAAAUGGCCAGGCCAGGCGAAAUAACCUACAAAUCCUUGGAAUUCUCGCCUCUGAAAUCAGAACCCAGAGGACAGUUUUUUCUUAUUUUGGACGAGAAGUUUUAUAAACUGCUCAAGAGUCAGUUUUCCAAGAUUCUUAGGAGGCACAGAAGAACCUAAAAGUGGGUGGGGGUGACUUGGAGAUGGUGGGGGCUCCGUCCCGGGGGUCCCUUGGCCCGGAGCCCCCAGGGGCCUGUGGGGAAGCCCAGGAGAAGUCUCUGCUGCUGCUCAUCUUGUUUCCGCUGCUAAUCAAGUUUUCGUGCAUUUCAUUAUCAGGGUCCAACAAGAACACCUGACCUGGGUGAGCUGUGCCGUGUCGGGCGGCUGCGACAGCGGGCAGGCCAGUGGGACGGGCUCGCUGGACCGCGCUGCCCCCGCACCCAGGCCUGGGCUCUUGUUGCUGGGCUUUUGUUCAAGGAAGAUGGAAGGAGAGGUUUAGGUCAGUGUUUUCAUAGCAUUGUUUCUUUUUUUUUUAAGCAAAUACUGUAUAUGUACAUAAACAGGGACAGAUACACACUACUUAUUUUUUAUAUUUUGUACUUGGCCUCUGUGUUCCUGGGUCACGUUAGGAAGCGUGCCACCAGCGCCAGGUUUGUGCUGCGGAACGGGCCGCAGUGCCUGUUCCCCCUUAGCGCCGGGUGGAGACGGCGGCGGGGAGGGCGGCCUGGCCUGGCAGGGUCAGGCUCACCUGUGGCAGGUAGACUCAGGUGGUGGCUCCGGCAGUCAGAAGCCUGUUGAACGCAACGAAGGAAACUUGCUGCUCCCACUCGCUCUGUCCCACGUCCCCGCCCCUCUUCCUAGCCCAGGUGCCUUCAGCUCACUUUGGCUUCUACAACCUGCAGUAUUAAACAGAGGUCCUCACGAAAGGGGGAGAGGUGGGUGUUUUCAAAAGCCAAAGAUUGACCCGGUGACUUGAGGGCAGGAGGAAGGCUGGCGCGUGGCGGCCCGUGUCCGUGCGGUGGGCACCUGCCCUGUGCCCCGUGCAAGCUCGCUGCCGGUUCCUGCUGCUGCUCUGCGCCCGCUCCCCGGGUGGGCACCCGGCUGCCUGGAGGGGCGGGCCCAGCACCAAAGCCCCCGGCCCCACCACACAGGGGAGUCUAGAGUGGGAGAGGACCCAGGCCGGCGGCGCAGGCCUCUGCCUCAGUUUCCCCAGAGGCUGCACCACCUAGCCCAGCACAAACCCUCGCCCCCUUCCAGUGAUUUCUGUGCUAAUGCCGUAGAUCAAAGGCCUCAGAAACCAUCGUGUGUCUCCUCUCCGAAGCAAUGACAAGCACUUUACUUUCCUAGUGGUUUUUGUUUCUUCUUACUGCUGUAGAACCUCUUUCAGAGGAUGGUGACGUCGUGUUUCUGUUUCUUGUUUUUUUAAGAGUGUGUGACGUGUGUGUGUCGGUCUCCGCAGCGCUGUCCCGCAGCCUGCCACGCCAUAGCCUAUUUAAGGACACUACGUGAUCUGAUUGAUAUGUAUAUAGGGUUGUGUUUGUUUUUUUUUUUACCAUAACUGAAUUAUUUUAUUUCUUAUGUUAACAUGAGAAACGUAUGUAUGCCAAAUGAUCAGUUAAUGUAUGUUUUUUAAUUUAAUAUUUAAAUAAAAUAUUUGGGGGGAAGCUCUCUACUUUC